AGCCUCUCCGUGACAAGUACAGCCAGCCUCUUCAAUGAAGGAUUGGUCAAUUCUAUCAUUCUCACCAAAUUUACUAAGCAUUCUUGAGCAGAAGAAGCAUUUCUAUGCUUAGUCAAAUGUUGCCCAGCUUAAACACCAAUUCAUCACGACCCAAACCAACAAGUUGAGAUCACAAGAAUAUGCAGACCGAUCCAUCCAAUAGGAAGCUACAAAGCCACAGGCCUUGCCCAAGGACAAGUACGCAGAGCCGCCAGCUAGGAAUUCAUAAAGGAGGAGCCGUUCAACCCAAGAGCCUCCUCCUCCAUGGCCGCCACCACCUACCCCCUCCUGCUGCUGCUGCUCCUCGCGGCCACGGCCGUCGCGGCCAAGGCGGCGGCGGCCGCCGCUGCCGGCACCGGCGGCAACGGGACGACGCCGACGGCGUACGAGAUGCUGGAGCGGUACAACUUCCCGCGGGGCAUCCUGCCGGCGGGCGUGCAGGGGUACGCGCUCCACCCGGACGGCACCUUCGAGGUGUACUUCCCGCGGCCGUGCGAGUUCCUGCUGGCGAGGCGGUGGCUGGUCCGCUACGAGGCGCGUGUCUCCGGCUCGGUGGCCGCCGGCUCGCUUACGGCGCUGCAGGGGAUCAGCGUCAAGGUGGUGUUCCUCUGGCUCGGCGUCGGCGAGGUCGACCGCGCCGGCGAUAACCUCAGCUUCUACAUCGGACCCGUCGCCACCUCGUUCCCGCUCCGCGACUUCGCCGAGAGCCCGCGCUGCCGCGGCUACGACGUCGCCGGCGCGGCCUCCUCGUGAUGCGUGACGCGCCGGCGAUUAUUCUUAGCGAUUGGUAUUUGUAUCUGCCUUGAUGAUUCAGCUGGCUAUAUAGCUCUCGAUUGAGUACGAGCCCGGCUAUUAGCUCUUCCUCCCUCUCUGUUUUUCUUCUUCUGGUUAUUAUUGUAUACGGGGAACUGGAGUAAGUUAUUUGGUAAUCUCCUUGUUCUUGAUGCAGCUUCACCAUGCGUCUUCUGAUCAA